AUGUACAGUAGCCCGAACAGUGGAGGCACUAUGUCGCAGUAUGGAAGUGCGGGCUACCUGAACAAGGAUCGCGACAGUCAGUCUCGCACCUUCAGCCCUGCGGCCGUCAACUAUAAUCAGCCGCCAAUCUAUGGGAAGCAUCCUGAUGAUUACAAUCGCUACGAAACAGCGCGUUCCCGCAGUCGACAGACUCAGCGGCAUCGAGAAGAAGACGAACGGAGUCGGUUUUCGGGUUACGGAGAUCGGCCGGGUUCAGGAGUCGAAUUCAUGCCCACAAAAUGGCACGGGGGCGAGAUAAUAACCAAUCCGGGUAACUUGCCGCGCUCUCUAAAACCGCGGCGUCUAUACUACUCGCCAAUCGGCGAUGGUGUUGUGGCGGCGGAUGGCGUCGAAAUGAAACGCCUCCCACAAGAAAUGUCUCCGAGGAUUCAAGUAACACAUGCAAGAACUCUUGACAGAGGUGAACCUGGCCAAGGCGGUUAUAACAUCUAUGCCAGAACUGCUACACAUGAUGCUGGCAGCGAAUAUGGAAGCGAUCUGGGUGGAAGCGGACGAGACUCGAGAUUAACUGGCGGCCUUUCACCAGGAAGUGAUUCUUAUGGCCAUAGUGGUGUUGGCCCCGGUAUGAGUCAAGGAGGUCGAGAACCGGAUUACAGAGCAGGGGGUACCGGCGUUGGAACUGGCAGCGGUGCCGCUACUGGGGCUAUCCCAAUGGGCUACGGCGAGAAAGAUUACUCACCAAAAGAUUAUUCGAAUACGCUUGGUAACGAAGGAUAUCCUGAUGGGCGAGCUGAUAUCUAUGGUUGGCUUGAAUUAUGA